AUGGCUUGUAAAAUAUGUUCAGAAAAAAGUGUUGGAGCAGCACAUGAAAUCAGUGUGAAACAUUUGAAUAAUCUGGCCUUCCAGGAGUACUGGAGUAAUAAAUCCAAAUUAGUUGGCAAUCGCAAAGGUAUAAUAGUAUCUUGUGAUGUCCAAAGUAGCUUUGGAUCUUUUAAGAACUGUGUCGCAGCAAAAGUCAAGAUAUCUGCAAAGCCAAAUGAGAUGGUUACUUUCAAGUUUACGAUAUUGAAUGAAAGCAAAAAAGAAGAAAUUGAAGUUAUUUCUGCUGGUAUAUUACAUACAAAGUAUAAAUUUUGUUUGAUCAACCAAGACUUAGAUGGAAGUAAUCCACAAAUACUACUGCCGAAAAAUAAGCUACUGCAGAACCUCAACGUGACAUUCGGUUCACCUAAUAUAGGACAGUAUGAGACUCCUAUUGUGUUCCACUUCUUGAAGCGUAAUACAAACGAGAAGAUUACUAUAAUAAGAGAUAUGGUGGUGUUUGUGGAACAAAACAAAGCCGUACACGAAAAAAUGAUAAGCCCGUAUGCUUGUAAAGAAGUUAAGGCAAAUGUAUUACUAAGAAGUCCUGGAGCAGAAAAAAGUAAAGGUUUAUUCCUUGUUCCGAAAAACAACAAAACGAUCUAUCUUAGCGGCCUACAGGUGAAUGAAAGGCAUGACGAACAAACCAAGAUUUUAACAUCUGAUAUUAGAAAAGUGUUCGAAACGGGUGUAACCCAAGAAAACUAUGAAAAGUUCUUCCACAAUCUACUGUGGUAUGAAGAAUCAGUCGUAAGAGUUAACGUAAAGAAAUACAAUAUGUCUGGAGUAAACCUUCGACAAGUCGGUAAAGUCUACGAGCUUCGUGUGCCAGGACUGGCCGAGAAACGUCCGUCGCUGAUGAUUGGAGAUUCGAUGUUUGUUAGGCCACAUGACACUGAAGAGGUGAUGUUUGAAGCUUUGAUUAUUGAAAUCAACGAGGAAAAAGCGUUAAUUGGAAAAUUUGAUCCCUCGUUUUCAAGUUUCUACAGCAAUGUUGCGAAGUUUGACAUUCGAUUCUUCACAUCGCGUCUACCACUAGAGCGCAUGCACGUGGCCGUGCAUAAUACCACCGGCCAGGGUUUAGUGCAACGGAUUUUCCCAAACAUUCGGUCAGACAUGCAAUAUACAAAACCAACACUCGAGUUUUAUAAUACGCUAGUGUCCGAAAAUCACGAACAGCGUAUAGCGGUAGAGCACAUAGUGGCUGGCACGAGUGGGACCGCGCCGUACUUGCUGCACGGCCCGCCCGGGACUGGCAAGACUGUCACCAUCGUCGAAGCUAUACUGCAGCUGGUAAAUAAGAACCCGCGGAACCGUAUCUUAGUGUGCACGGACUCAAAUAUGGCAGCGGACCACGUGGCCACUAUGCUCAUUAAAUAUUCGCACUUAUUCGCUCAAGAGAAACUACUCCUACGUGCUAACUCCAAGUUUAGAGUGUGGGAAACGCUACCAGAAUGCCUGAAGGAAUACUCCAAUGGCACUAAUCGAGAUGAUUUCAAGCCGGUGUCUAUAGAGGAGUUUAUGAGCUACAACAUUGUGAUCACAACACUGUCUCAUUCUGCGAAAUUUGGCAGGCAACUGUCUACGAGAAAGAAGCAGCGGCCCGUGACGCACCUGUUCAUCGACGAGGCGGCGCAGGCGAGCGAGCCGGCCUGCCUCAUCCCCGCGGGCGGGCUGCUGGCGCCGAGCGGGCAGCUCGUGCUGGCCGGCGACCCGCACCAGCUCGGGCCCGUCAUCAUCUCGCACGCCGCCCGCGACAUUGGCCUGGGUAUUUCGCUUAUGGAGCGUCUGAAAAACACAUGCCCAAUAUACAACAUGGAAAAUUACAAUCCCAAUUACACGGUUAUGCUUCGGAACAACUUUAGAUCCGACAAGGAAAUUAUCGACAUACCUGAUAAAUUGUUCUAUAAAGGACAAUUAAGGGCAUUGGCAAAGAAAGAUAAUUUAAGCAAUGUCGAUAUAUUGGGCGAAAGAUCACACAGUCACGCUACAGUGUUCUACGGCAUAUUAUCGAAAGAACAGAAGAAUGGAAAGUCCCCAAGUUUUUUCAACAACAUGGAGUGUGAAAUAGUAAAGCUCUAUGUACAAGCCUUAGUGAAGAAACACAAGGUGCUAUUAGAAGAUAUAGGUAUCGUAACACCGUAUAUAAGACAGGUGUAUACGAUUAACAAAAUGCUAAGAGAGCUUAGGUACGAGAAGAUCGAGGUAGGCACCGUGGAAGCUUUCCAAGGCAAAGAGAAGCGAGUCAUUAUAAUAUCCACGGUCCGCGCCAAUUGCAGCCUCCUUGAUUACGAUGCGAAGUUCCAGCUGGGCUUCCUCGUCGAUGAUAAGCGUUUCAACGUAGCUAUUACAAGAGCAAAGGCAAAAGUAAUCGUGAUAGGAAAUCCGCUUUGCUUAGAAAAGGACGUCAAAUGGAGGGCAUAUAUACAAAAGUGCCGCGACUUGGGCACGUACCACGGCUUCGAUAUUGAACAGUUUGAAAAUCGAAACGAUAUUGUUAGUAACAUAAGGCCUCUGUUGGCUCAAGUUAAGAUAUCAGAGCAAUCUGGACCAAAAAAGUAA